CUGGCGGAAGAUGGCAGAUGCGCUCUGUUGGAGCCGCUUAUGCAGGGACAGUUUCGUCAAUGAGAAGAAGGGGACAGAGUUCUGGUAGUUACUUAGUUAUUGUGGAGUAUUUGCUACCGAUUUAAAUUGCAUUAUUAUUUAAUUGUAUUCAUUGAAGAAUUUGUGGUUUUCAUGUUAUGCAAUCUACAGUUUUUGGGUGAACUACCAUUUGCAUUCUUGCCAACGAAAUACAUCUAUUUGCCCAGAGGGUCAUCGUCAACGGCACCCUCAGUUCUGCUGUCAAUUGUUUAGAAAAUGACCGGAGAAAAGAUCCGCUCCCUGCGCAAGGAUCAUAAACCGAGCAAAGAAGAGGAUUUACUGGAACCGGACGAGGAGGCUGCAACUGGGACAUUUACUUUAACCAAGACUAAUAAUAAAGGCAAAGCAAGUAAAAUCUUUAGCAAUCACAAGUUGGUCAAAUCUCCAUCGGCACAGCAACAACAUCAGAAUCAGCAAUCGCAGAUAAAUGCAAACACUAACACAUUAUCAACGGCGGACGUAAUCGAUGAUAACAACAAAAACCCUAUCAUACGAACCCGCGAAGAAUUUCCAGUCCAUGAAUGUGUAUUCAAGGGGGAUGUCCGACGCUUGUCCUCGCUCAUUCGAACUCAGAAUAUCGCUCAGAAAGAUAUCCAUGGAAACACACCUCUACACCUCGCUGUCAUGAUGGGUCACAAAGAGUGUGCCCAUCUGCUGCUGGCCCACAAUGCACCAGUGAAGGUGAAGAACGCUCAGGGAUGGAGUCCCCUCGCCGAAGCCAUCAGCUACGGAGAGCGACAAAUGAUCACAGCGCUGCUAAGGAAGCUCAAACAGCAGUCCAGAGAGAGUGUGGAGGACAAGAGGCCAAAGCUACUGAAUGCCCUCAAAGAGCUGGGAGACUUUUAUCUUGAGCUUCACUGGGACUUUCAAAGUUGGGUGCCUUUGCUCUCCCGAAUCCUGCCCUCUGACGUGUGUAAGAUCUACAAACAGGGCAUCAACAUCAGACUGGACACCACCCUAAUAGACUUCACAGAUAUGAAGUGCCAGCGUGGUGACCUUAGUUUCAUCUUUAAUGGCGACGCCAUCCCCUCUGAGUCUUUUGCGGUGCUGGACAAUGAACAGAAGGUGUACCAGCGGAUACACCAUGAGGAGUCAGAGAUGGAGACCGAGGAAGAGGUGGACAUCCUUAUGAGCAGCGAUGUUUACUCUGCCACUCUCUCCACCAAGUCCAUCACCUUCUCCAGAGCCCAGACCGGCUGGCUGUUCCGAGAGGACAAAACGGAGCGCGUGGGAAAUUUCCUGGCGGAUUUCUAUUCGGUGAACGGGCUGGUGCUGGAGUCACGGAAGCGUCGGGAGCACCUGAGCGAGGAGGACAUCCUGAGGAACAAGGCCAUCAUGGAGAGCCUGAGCAAAGGAGGGAACCUCAUUGAGCAGAACUACGAGCCUGUGAGGCGACAGUCAUUAACUGCCCCUUCACCCAACAAUAUCUCCUGGGAGGAAUACAUCAACGCAGAAAACGGAAAAGCGCCUCAUCUAGGAAGAGACCUGGUAUGCAAAGAGAGCAAGAAGAACUUCAAAGCGACCGUAGCCAUGAGUCAAGACUUCCCUCUGAGCAUUGAAUCGUUAUUAAACGUUCUGGAGGUGAUAGCACCCUUCAAGCACUUUAAUAAACUCAGAGAGUUUGUUCAAAUGAAACUCCCUCCUGGUUUCCCUGUCAAACUGGAUAUCCCCGUCUUUCCAACCAUUACGGCCACGGUGACAUUUCAAGAGUUGCGCUACGACGAGUUUGAGGAGUCCAUCUUCACCAUCCCCAAUGAGUACAACGAGGACCCCAGCCGCUUCCCUGACCUUUAACCCCGUUGGGUGGACACCAGAAAGGGGUCACCUAUGAAAGGGCAUUGAUGUUUCAUCAAGUUGUCAUAGGAGAAGAAGACAAGAAAAGGAAAUUGUAUGUGUAAUGUUUUAAAAUGGACGUGAAAAGAUGUAGCUACUCUCCAGCGUUUUGUUUGGAGUAGCUGCACUGAACGUUGGGCACUGGUUAGAUGCACUACAGCCAGUCAGUACUGGGCUGAGUUGGCCUUGGCAGCAGAGGGGAGGACCUACUGCGCCAGUCGAUUACUCAACUCUGUGGUACUCCACCUGGAAGCAAUGAUAGACAUGCUAAGAAAUUGAAUUGUACCCGAGCGAAGUUGUCUUACCCUAUUUGACUGGCAGCAAAGUGUGGCAUUAUAAGUAUUACAUAUAAGAAUUGCUUUCAUAUCCUACCAUUUUUUUUUGUAACUAUGUAACAAACUGUACAAUUCAGUUAAUGGAAAUGAACCAGGAGUGAAAGUUGUCUGUAGAUGAUUAGGUACGAUUCAAGUACAACGUAAAGGGCUCGAUUACGUUCCAAGUCACGGAGGUUCAGCGCCACUGCGAAAUAGAAGUGUAAAGUCAACGUGCCCGCGUUAGCAGAGACUGUGUUCACGGUAAACACUGCAUAUGUCGGCUCAAUCGCAAAAUGACCUUUACAUUUCAAUCACGCUAUAGAGUUCAACUUCAGCGGUAUGGAUUGAAUCGAGCCCUAAAUGCAAUUUUUAAAGCUAGCAAAAACCAGGCCUUUUCCUUUGCGCAAGGUGUAAAUACCGCUGCUUUUAUGUUUGUUUUAUUUUGUGUGUUUUUUUUCUCACUUUCUUUGUGUUAAUAUGGGUGUAGAUGUCUUCUAUGACAAGAAGGGUUUCUGAAGUUUGAUGCCAAGCCUAGUUGAUGUGAGUUCACCCAAAGAGGUAAUUGGUUUGUAUCGUGGUGGAAAUUGAUAUUUUUGUACAUAUAAUAUUGUGCUGGUUAAAAGUCUCCAAUUCUU